AUGUGGCAAGAUGACGCGGUCAAAGACUUUCCCGACGAUGCCGAGGAGGGAAAUGCCACGGUAGUUAUUGCAGUUUCUGCGGUCACCUUUAUUCUUAUAGAGGGUGACAAUGUUGGUAUCUCGUAUGUCCCAGGUGACGUGGCCCUUCUCCCAGCACAGGCACGGGAGCUUGUGGAGGUGCCACAGCAUAACUGGCUUGCCACUCUUCAGAACCUUCGAUGGGAUCCUGUCCUUCCCAGGGGCCCUCCUGUAGGAGAAACAGUCGAUGGCUUCUCUGAGUUCCUUUGCAGAGGGCGAGCAUCCAACUCCUUCAUGACUGGGAGACUGGGCAAGGCAUCCUGGGCAGCAUCCGUCACCAUGUUCUGGGCUGCAUACAGCUCCAGGAAGUGCUCCACCCAGCUGCUUGCCCUGGUCUGUAAUGACCUCUCCUGCCUUGGACUUCAGCAGAACCAUCUUGAUAAGAGUGUGGCCAGUGGCAGUUUUGAUGCCGGCGUACAUGCCUCUUGUAUUUCCACUGUCGGCAGCCGUCUGGAUCCUGCUGCCCAUGUUCAGCCAGUAGUCAUUGGUGCAGUGGCGUGCAGUCUGUUGGGCCUUGCUGCAAGCAGCUCUGAGGGCAUCGUGGGUACUGACACAAGGGUUUUGCUUGUAGGCCAGAAGUGCUUGUCUCUUGGCUUCAGAGGCUGA